AUGCUGUUUAGACGUGGCCUGGCGAACAACAACAGCGGAGACGGUGAACAUGCAGGAACAGUGGCGAAUCCGAAACCCAGCGAAAAGCCGCUUGUCUGUGUGAUAUACUUCUUCGCAUCGCAAAUGUCUCGCAACAUUCAAGCCGCGAUCCCCCCGCCCGGCGUGAACCCAGCGUCCAGCACCCACACUGAGCCACGCAAGGUCCAUCAACUUGAUAACCUCUUAUCAAAGGUUCAGCACCAUGCACAGUUGAGUCCACUGAUCACCAAAUUCGAGACUAUCCCCGUUGAGAUGGCGCCGCCCGGCCGUCCCCGGGGAACAUCUCGCGAAGCCAUGCAUGACACUCUGCUGCUUGUGAACUUCAAGAGCAAGCAAGCGUGGAGAGAGUGGGUUCAGACGAAAGAAUGGCAGGAGUUCAUGCAGAGGACUGAAAAGGAGGCUGUUUUUAGACGCUUACCUCAUGUCACCUGUGCCAAUAGCUUAAAGGGUUUGCGAAACCCGAUUGAGGUGUUGAUGGCUUAA